GAGGAGGAGGAGGAGGAGGAGGGGGUAGGUAUGUUGGGGACUAUGUGGUCGGGAGGCAAAUUGGGUCGGGCUCGUUUUCGGUGGUGUGGCAUGCGAGACACAAAGUCCAUGGCACCGAGGUUGCGAUUAAGGAGAUCCACAUGGGACGAUUGAACAAGAAAUUGCAAGAGUCUCUCAUGUCCGAGAUUGUUAUCUUAAGGCAAACUAACCAUCCUAACAUCAUUCGGUUGCACGACAUCAUCGAGGAAACUGGAAGAAUACAUCUGGUAUUGGAGUAUUGCAGAGGGGGUGAUCUUUCCAUAUAUAUUCAGCAACGCCAAGGAAGAGUUCCAGAAGCUACCGCAAAGUAUUUUAUGCAGCAACUGGCGGCUGGUCUUCAAAUCCUCCGUGAUAAUAAUAUUAUACAUCGAGAUCUAAAGCCACAGAAUCUCCUUCUCUCCACAAAUACUGACAAUGCAGUCCUGAAGAUUGCAGAUUUUGGAUUUGCAAGAUCUCUUCAACCUAGAGGCCUUGCAGAAACCUUGUGUGGUUCACCACUUUACAUGGCUCCAGAAAUAAUGCAACUUCAGAAGUAUGAUCCAAAGGCAGAUCUCUGGAGUGUUGGUGCCAUUCUGUUUCAGCUUGUGACAGGAAAAACCCCCUUUACGGGAAACAAUCAAAUUCAGUUGCUCCAGAACAUCAUGAAAUCAACUGAAUUGCAAUUUCCUCCCAAUAAAAAGGAUUUGAGUUCUGACUGUUUAGAUUUGUGUCAAAAAUUGCUACGCCGUAAUCCAGUGGAGCGGUUGACAUUCGAAGAGUUUUUUAAUCACCCUUUUCUGUCUCUGAGGCAAUCAGAUGAAUUUUUGAGGAAUAGUUCACCAAGAACCAUAGAUGGUUUUUCCUUGUCUGAAAGCAAUCCUGUGAGGAAUGCAGAAGAAAGUUCCCAAGAUGAUUGUUUGCCUUUCAUUCUUGAUGAUGAUUCCAGUGGACCUGAUGGGAGUCCAUCCUUUGUUAGGAGGCCCUCAAUGAAGUCUACAUAUGGAUUUUCUCUUGAUACAAAAGUUGAUAGGAAGGAAGUGUUUAACACUUCAAACAACAUGGAUCGUACUUCCAAGAAUAGUAUUGUUACACAUACUGGUUUUAGAAUUGGUAGUCGUAGAUCUUCAGACGGAAAUCUGAAAGAAUCUUUCAAGUCCACAGACCAAAGACCAAUGAACACACACCCAAGAGUUGUGGAUUCAUUAGAGUUGGUUUAUCAGGAUUAUGUUAUUGUCUCUGGACCCCCAAUGGAUGUGUCAUCGUCUUUGGUAAGUGCUUCCAAGCCAAGCCAUUUGCCACGCAAGUUAGAGAAUCCACAAGAAGAAUCUGCAAAUUUUAACACUACGCCCAGUGCCCCGAUGCCAAUCAUUGGUGCGGUUGGCAGUAGAUUGGGUCGUGUUGGAAGCUUGGACAGUCAUAGUUCUACUCCUUCGGGGACUUCGCAUGGAUCCAUGGAUAUAGGAGAUGCCUUAGAGCAGCCAUCAUUGCACUGCAUGACCAGGAUUAAGUCAUUGCAGUGGGCUGCCUCUGCUAUCACAGAAUUAGUAAAUAAAAAGAAGAUUGAGCCAGGUAGGCAACUAGAAGCAUUUUCGAUUCAGCUUGUAAUUCUUGCAAUAUGGAAGCAAGCUCUUCACAUUUGCCAUACCCAAGCUGCGUCAGCUAUUGAAGGAAGCCCAUCACGAGAGAUGGCCAGAUUGAGGGAGAGCACUAUCCAGGAGCAUGGGAGUCCUGAUAUUGCCAACACUCAAGGACCUCAGGAUAUUUGCUCUCAGAUUGAGAGGGAAUUUCUUCUUGAAGUUGGGAAUGCUGAGGAACUUGCCAAGGUUAUUGCGCCUGGAAAUACAGAGAUGCCAGAUGCUAUGGAGACAAUCUAUCAAUCUGCUCUUGCUUUGGGCAGGCGUGGCGCUGUAGAUGAGUACAUGGGUGAUACGGAAAAUGCAGCCGUUUAUUAUUCAAAAGCAGUGCGGUUGUUAGUCUUCCUUCUCGUCGAAGCACCUUCACUCAUUCUCAAUCCUCCCUUCUGUCUCACUGAAUCAGACCGCUAUAGACUCCGAAAUUACAUUGAUGCCCUUAAUAAUAGGCAAAGUCAUUCAAGGUCUCAAAGGAUGGCUCUUCUUAAGUCUGACGGUCAACAAUGCCCACCUUAAUUCAUGAUUUCAACUUGUAAUACCACAAUCCCGAUGUUAGAGCCCUGCUUCACUGUGUAUAAUAAUUUGUUUGUACAGCUAUUCUUUUGAUUGACUCUGGGGUGUAGAUGAUGAUGUUAGUAUAUGUUAAACAUUCUCAUUUCUGUAAUUUACAGAUGGGUAAAAAUGUUCAUUUUUUAUUUUUUAUUUUCUCCUCA